GCACGUCGGUCGGUCAGCGGAGCGUUUUCCGAGCGAAACCACAAAAGAAAUUUAGAGAAAUAUCCAACGUGAAAAAAGACAAUCGUGUUGGUGAGAGUGUGUGCCUGUGUUGGUGAGCUCAUAAAAGAUUCAACAGCCUGCCGAGCUAAAAAAUAAAUAAAAAGAUAACAACGUGGGUUAGGCAAAAAAAAUUAUAUUUAAAUAGCCACAAAAAAACAGCGAAAAAAUAAUGCAAAACAAGUGUUAAAUAAAACAACAACAAGGUGCAGCCGUCGCCUUUAAGCGCCACUUGAUGCCAUCGUGACACACAAAGCAGGAUCCAUUGAAUAGGCAAUUGACGAGAAGGAGAACGAGGUAGCCAGGGGGCGGCGGCGAUGACACUGAGGCAUCCAAAGACGUCGCCACCCAGAUGACGGGCGGGCAACAGCAGGAGGAGCCGCAUCAGGUGCACCACCACCAACACCACCACAACCACAACCCCGAGAUCAAAACAAACCGAUCAACGUGUCAACGCGUCGAGUAGAAUGCAAAUAGGCGCUAAGAACAACAGCAACAGCAGCAACAAGCGCCUCCAACCACCAGAGCCUGAGCCUGAGCCUGAGCCUUCUACCAGCCAUAUAGGCCAACAUGGCGGAUGCGGACGAUAGCAAGAGUGGGAGCGGUGGCAGUGGUGGCAGUGGUGGCAGCGGAAGUGGGGCCGAAUCCCUGCAGCUGCUGACCAAACUGGACAAGGCCGUCUCCACCAACGAUGUGCUGCUGGAUCUCCAGAGGGCGCUCACCUACGAGGCUGUCUUCAGCACGCUGGUGGAGCACAAGAUGCAGGCUCUCAAGCGGGACUACGAGGAGCACAAGAAGGCGAAGAGGCGCAAGCGGAAGUCCAUUGGUCGCAUCUUUCUGCCGCGGAAACUCUUCGGCAGUGGCAGUCGCCGUUCCAGCAGAGAAGAUACACCGCCAGCAGAGGAGCAGCAAGUGCAGCCAGUGCAGCAAGUGCAGCAAGUGCAGCAAUCACCACCAACCACUAGUAGCAGCAAGACAAAGGCGAGAACAAAAGCCAAAACACGGACCGAUGACAUCGAGGAGGCCACCGGUUCGGUGGCCAGCUUGCAGCGAUCUCAUCCCAAGUGGCCGGAGAACUUGGAGGACAGCCUGGCCAGCACGCUGAGCAAUUCCUCGGGAGCCCAGGGGCAGCAGAGGCAUAGCCACAGUGUACUUGUUCGCGCCCAGACCCACACGCCUGCACACCAGGUUGAGAUGGAUGCGGAGAGGGGAUCCAUAAGUUUGGAGGCUGCCCAGCUCCCCGCCAAACAUUCCACAACGAUCAACGGCGAGACGGAACUACUGCCCCCGAUCUCCGGACACGACAAUACCUCGACGACUGCCACAGCAACUGCCACAAUGACCGCCACGGGCGGAGGCACCUCCGGAGCAGGAGGAGUGCUCCACAGCUCCACGCUGGCGGACGACAGUCUGACCGCCUCGCUGCGCGGCAGCCUUGAAAGCCUAUCGUACAGCAGUUCCCGCUGCACCGUCAGCUUUGGCGGAGCGGAGGUGAUUACCGCAUCCGGCACGGAGGCGGAGUCCAGGGAACGGGCCCGACUGGCCAAGAGACUGAGGAUCCUGGAGGCCAAGUCGAUCAGCGCCCAGUGCAGCCCCAUCUUCCCCAGACACGUAGUUCGCUCGUUUCCGCUGCAGUCGCCCCAACAAGCGCGCCUUCACAUCAAUGUUCCCUCCAGUUUGGCCAAGCCUCAGCAGCAGUUGCCGCUGCAACAGCAGCAGCAGCAGCAACAGCAACAGCAACCUCAUGUGGCCUUGGAGAUUGAAACGCUGCCCGCACCCCUUCCCCAGCGAAGGCGUCUGUUGCCCAAGCAAAUAUCCUGCACGGAAAGUGGAGCCGCCGGGGAUUUUGGAGCGGAUGGAGCGGAGACCUUUACCCGCUACUUCACCCGCCAGAACACCUCGGAGGAUAGUGCCAAUGUGACGGUGAGCACGGUGCUGGCCCAAAGCGACUCCCAAUCGCUUCAUGCCACGCCCAGCUAUGCAAAUACGCCCCCAGCUGCUGGGAGUAGGAUUCAGGAGCGCCGCAAAUCCCGCAGCACUGGACUCUUGGCCGUGCGUCCGCCACAUGGAGUGGAUGCCAGUGCCGUGGUGAUUCAAGUGGAGGGUGGCAGCGAGGAGGUGGCCAGAACGAGGGCUCUGGUGGCCGAAAAACUGCACCGGAUGACCUCUACGUCGACGGGCUCCAGUGUGGCCGCCACCGGCUGCUGCAGUGCGGCGAAGCCGAAGGAGAGGCCGAGCGAAGGCUUCAGGCCCUCCGCGAUGCCCUCCGCCGCAGCAAAGGCAACGGCCCAGAGCACGGGCAGCGACGAUGAGUACCGCCGGCGGAAGCGGAAGUACAAGCGCCAUCAUCGCUGCUCAGAUCCCGCUUUGGUCUAUCCCACGCCCAACGGUCUCCAGCAUUAUGUGCACGUGCUCGGCAUCCACCCGGACACUCAGCAACCCAUACAAUGCCCGUACGGUGAGGACUUGCCCUGCGACCUGCAGCUCGACAUGGACAUGGAUAUGGACUUGGAUCUGGAUGGCGAUAAAAUCGACGACCUUGAGCAGAUGGUCCCCAGUGGUCAUCAGCGGCAUCGCCGAAAGCAUCGACAUCGGCACAAAAAGCGACAUCGGCACAAAAAACCCAAGAUUCUGGUGCAGGACUUGGACACAGAGGUUGUUAAGGUAAUCGAUCCCCAUGAUCUGUCGCAGCGUGCCCGCUGGACAAUAAUUGCCACCGCCUGUUUAUUGUUGCUCAUGUGCCUCAUGUUAAUAGGGGUUACUUUGCGAAUGGCUCCCAUCAUCGAUGAUAUGGUGCGACAGGAGAACGAGAGGAGCUACCGCGAGAAUCUGGAGCGCACCUUGAUGAUGAAGAACCGCACCGAGCUGAAUCUGCAGCGCCACCAGAUGGGGUUGCAGCUGCAGCACGUCGUUCCAUGAGCGUUCCAUUAGCGUUCCAUGAGCGGAAGGAAGGAAGUGACACCGCUGCACCAGAUGCGAGCGGAUGCGAUGGCAGCAGAAGCUGCUGGAAAUGUCAGCGGUUGGCAAGAAGUUUGUGGCAGGAAGCCGGAGGACCCUUCCUUGUCCCAUUCCCUACGCCAACCCCCCCCCCCCCAACCAACCAACCUACUCCUUUUUUGCCCCGCCCUAAUCAAAGUUAUGCGCACAAAUGCUACAAAGAAUAACAAAGAAUACAAGAAAUCAAAACAAAAGAAAUUGUUAACUUAAAAUAAAUAAGGAUGGAGCACUCCGAAGUGCUCGGCUAAGGCUAAAAUUAAUGCUAAUUGUAGUUAAGUCUGCCCAGGCGGAAAUCACUUGUUUUGUAUCUAACUGAAAGGUAGACUCCACUUAGAGCAAAAAAAAAAAGAAAUAAAAUAGGAUGGUCGAAGAAAAUCAAAAGUGAUGCAGUUUAGUCAAUAGUUAAAAACGUUGUUAAAAGUGUUACUUUGAUGUCAUUUUAAAUGUUAGGCCAGGGACGUUCUGGUUUUCAAAUUCGACCACAUAUGAUUUCUAGUGAGUUAAAAUCAUUUGAAAGUGCUUCGACAAUUUUGGAACAGUAGUUUUUAUUCCAAUAAACCCUAUGUACAAAAAUAUUUUGUACAUUUUUUCACAUAAUAAUUUUGGCUACACUUUUAAGUGACUUUAAAUCACGAAGGAUUUCUUUACUUAACGAUUAUUUUAUUUCAAGUAAAAAAAAAUACUUUGUUAUAUAAAAGCCUGAUAAAAACUGUUUGCAAUUAAAGAAAUUCACAAAUUAAAUAUUAUUGCUCUAGCGAAAUUGCUUACCAGAACAAACUUGAUUGUCCUGUAAUUAUUGUGCUUAGGAUAUGAUCUAGUUGAGGCUGCAAGGCGACGCCAACUGGAAGGAGCAGUUAAGCGAAAGGUUUCGAUUGUUCAGUUGAUUAGCCAAAUGGUUUCAAUUUUUUCUUUAGCAUAGCUUUCCCCCCUUGGUUAUACCACCCGAAAACUCCACCCAAGAGUGGCGUCGACUGGGCAGCUGGCGAGAGAAAAAAGUUGGUCAAUAGUUAUGUCUGAAACUAAGUUGUUAACUGAAAAGUACUCCUAAGUAAAUGUUAAUAGCCAUAAACAACAGAAAAGUUUUUGUAUCUCUUAGACGGCGUUGAAGAAGAGGUGGAGGGAAGCAAAGCAAGCAAAAGUAUCCAGUAUUCCAAGAUACAUUUUGAGUAAAAAUACGAUUUUCAUAGGUUAACAAUAAUUGUAAAAGAGCAGCAAAGGAACAUUCAAUAGAUUUACUCGUAAUUGGAUAAAAGCAACUUGUGCCAAUGAAAACUUAAGAAAUCCUAAUGAGAACCUGCAAGAUAAGUGGCAUAGCGUAAUUUAAUAAACAAUUGAAAAUAAUAACAAGGAAAAGUUAGUUAAUUAGCGGAUCGAUGUGAAACUGUUACUUAAGUGCAAAACGAGCUUGUUGUCGAAUUAAUUUUUAAAUGGAUUUAAACUAAGUGAAACUAAGCUAAAUGUUAAAUGUUUUUUUAGGUGUUCAAUGUUAUAAUUAAUUUGUGGUCGAGCAGCCGAAAUGAGGUAGAAUUGAUUGCCCAGCCUUUACCAAAUGAAUAAUUUUACGAACCUGUGCUAACUCAGUUGCAAAGUUUAACGACAAAAUUUAGCUUGAAGCAAACUUCUAUCGGUUUCAGCCAACAGAGCGUUGAUAGCUUGAACAGAAAGUUGUGAACGAACUUCCCUGACCGCCCAUCAUCCUGCCCAAUUAACAAUUAUCCGGAAAUGUAUUUUCAAGCGCAAAUGUUCUUAAUAUUCACCAGAAUGCACAAAAGCAAUGUAAGGUUUUUGGACUCUGGCGUUAAAUUAAUGUGGGACCGACAGAUAAGCAAUUUAGUUCGUUUUCACAAAGUUUGCACAUGUAUAUAUAUACCUAUAAAAACAUGAUAUAAAUACAAAGAGAAAAAUAGAAAACUUUAAGAAUUACAAAAAUUGGACUCAUGAGUAUUUUUUUACUUUCAAAAUUUUUGUUAGCAUAUUUUUUUUAUUUAACAAUUUUUAAACUAGUUACCUAUAAUUUAGUCUUUUGCAAUGGAAAUAAGUAGCAUGGAAUUGAACUGCAACUAUUAAAAUAAAUGAUUAAAAUAACAAACAAUGUGUAAAACAUUACACGACUUAAUUUUGCGAAAGUAAUUUAUAGAAUUAAUUUCUUGCUUCCAAGCUUACUAUUCAUAUUUUCUCAGUACACAAUUUUGUCUAUACUUGGGGCUGUUGGCGGGCAGGGAAACUUGAGUUCAACGAUGGGCAAGGACAAAAACAAAUGGAAAGCUUUAAAUUAGCUCAAUAAAUUGUAAAAUUAUACAUUUAAUCUACUUAAAGCGGAUCGUUGUUAAAUGCAAUGCAAGUACGUCGAAGACAGAUACUCACACACCUCAUUCAGACUUGUAAGAUUUGCAUUUCGGUCUAGGAAUCAAUUACAUAUUUAACCUGACAAAGAGGCUAAACAAAACAAAUUCAAAUAAGCAAGGCAAAAGAAUACUGAAAAUAAACAAUCAAGCAAAACAUUGUACUUAGUAAUUGCAUUUAACAAGUGGGACAGAGAAUGUUAACUAGAUUCGCAUAAUUGAUUUAACUGCAUGCUUAAACUAACGAAAGUAAACGAGAUGUUAACUGAACGGAGUUAAAAGAAAAACCUAAUUAAAACCAUACAAAUAAUGUCUGUAAUUAUGGCUUGCUAAAUGUAAAAAUAUAAGCUGAAUUAUUAUACAACCAACUACAAUCGAAGCAAGAAAAUUGAUGUAAUUGAAAUACUCGUAACGUUUUAGGGCAAAAUACCAAUGAAUAAUGACACAGGUUGAACACAAACACGCAUCAAGAAUAAAUUAAUGAAUAACGAAAUUAUUUCUCGAGAAAAAAUCAAACUUUUUAGCCUUUGAACGAGAGACUUUUGGUGCCCAAUCCAGUUUGAGCAAUUAUUUACAAAUAAAGAAACACAAAAAAAGACACUCACAACAGAACCACAGACCACACACAUGUAGAUGUAUUGUAAAUAGAACAAGAAACCAAAUGAGUAAAUACCAAGUAGGUAUAUAAAUAAAUAAUGAGAAGGCUUAUCCAAGUAAAUCAACAUUAAAUAAAUUAACAACGGAAAUCAAACAAAAACAGGUAAUACUUCAACUUGAGUGCAAGGAAUCAACUUUUAAUGUUAAUUGUUGCUGGCAAUGCAAAACGCAAAGUCAACCGAAAAACGAAAAACAAAAAAAUUACAAUAAAGAAACCAUGAAAAAUGCAAAACAAAUAUAUUUAAAAAUACAUUUAAACGCCUUCAGCGUUUUAUUCAUCAAGCAAGAAAUGUUGAAUCGAAAGAAAAAGUCAAACAAAAGCCAUACAAGCGAUAAAUCAAUUUGUGUCACCUGUGUAUUAAGUAUAUCUCAGUAUUUGUAACUGAAAAUGAAAACGCGUUGUAGUGCAGGCAUCAACCACAACAACAACAAGAAAAGAAAAAUCAAAUGAAAAUAAACUGAAUUUACAAGUGGACUUUGACUAUUAUUUACG